AAUGGCUGAGGCUGGAACUACCCCUGCACCGAAGAGCUCCGGGUAAGCCCCGAAAACGUGGCGCUGCGGCGCCGGCGCAACGUCUGGAAAAAUCUCACCUCACAUCCGAAAUCUCAUUGACGUAGCGCUCACUCACAUUUCAUUCUCACCCUCACCCUCGUGUUGGAUGUGAGCACACAGAGAUCUCACCAAGAUCUCACAAAACAAGCGAUCCGGAAGGGCAAGAUAGCUUAGGGCGAAUAAUCCAUACAGGGGACAGGCACGACUAAUAACGACUUCACGAUGGAACGCCACAAGAAGACCGUCUCCAAGAUCGCCGCCGCGGUGCGGUCCUUCUUCGACCGCAAGGAGCCCUACCGCAUCUUCCACGGCUCGACAAACAGCACCCGCCCCUUCCGCCGCGACCGCGUCGUCGACAUCUCGGCCCUUGGCAGCGUCCUCGAGGUCAACAAGGCCCGCCGCACCGCCCUCGUCGAGCCAAACGUCCCCAUGGACCGCCUCGUCGAGGGCACCCUCCGCCACGGCCUCAUCCCCCCCGUCGUCAUGGAAUUCCCCGGCAUUACCGCCGGCGGCGGCUACGCGGGUACCGCGGGCGAGUCCUCGAGCUUCAAGCACGGCUUCUUCGACGAUACCAUCAACGAGGUCGAGAUGGUCCUCGCCGACGGCCAGGUCGUCCGCGCCAACCGCGACAACGAGCGCGCCGACCUGUUCCGCGGCGCCGCGGGAGCCGUCGGCACCCUCGGCGUCACCACCAUGAUUGAGCUGCAGCUCGUCGAGGCCAAGAAGUACGUAAAGACGACGUACCACCGCACCCACAGCGUCGCCGAGGCUGUCGAGACCGUCCAGGCCGAGACGCUCAAGGCCGAAAACGACUACGUUGACGGCAUCCUCUUCUCCAAAGACCACGGCGUCGUCAUCACCGGCAAGCUGACGGACGAGAUCCCCGAGGACCGCAAGCCGCAGACCUUCAGCGGCGCCUGGGACCCCUGGUUCUACCUGCACGUCAAAGACCGCACCCUCACCGCCGGCUCCGCCAACAGCGAGGCGACGACGAUGGCGAUAACAUCCUCAUCCGCCGUGGUUGACUACGUGCCCCUGGCCGAGUACCUCUUCCGCUACGACCGCGCCGGCUUCUGGGUCGGCGCCGCCGCCUUCGACUACUUCAAGUACGUCCCCUUUACGCGCUUCACCCGCUGGUUCCUCGACGAUUUCCUGCACACGCGUAUGCUCUACCGCGCUCUCCACGGCAGCGGCGAGUCGGCCCGCUUCGUUGUCCAGGACCUCGCCCUCCCCUACAAGAACGCCGAGCGCUUCGUCGACUACACGGCCGAGAACUUUGGCAUCUGGCCCCUCUGGCUCUGUCCUCUGAAGCAGACCGCUCCGCCCACGUUCCACCCGCACACGGGCGAGGUCGAGACCUUACCCGCCGCUGAGGGUAGCAGCAGCGGUAGCACGGUAACAGCCCCCAAGCCGAUGCUUAACAUCGGCCUCUGGGGCUGGGGUCCCUCGGACCCGGCCGAAUUCGUCACCAAGAACCGCGCCCUCGAGCACAAGCUCCGCGAGCUGGGCGGCAUGAAGUGGCUAUACGCGCACACGUACUACACCGAAGACGAGUUCUGGCAGGCCUACAACAACAAGAGCUGGUACGAGGCCCUGCGCGAAAAGUACAACGCCACGACGCUGCCGACCGUGUACAACAAGGUCAAGGUCGACGUCGAGGCCCGCAAGGGCGAGAAGAAGGGCUGGCGCGACGUCGUAAAGUCCAAGCCGCCCAUUGGCGGUCUGUAUGGUAUCUACAAGGCUAUCCAGAGCAAGGAUUACCAUUUGCACCGCCGGGCCGAGUGGAAGUGGAAGGGUGACAAAUGAAGAGAAGUGGAAAUGUACGAGUAAGAAGGUGAGGCCGCAUCAUGUAAUGGAUGUGACUAGUAAUUCUCAUGUCGGGCGUAGAUCACGUUGGAAACGGCCGCGUAUAUUACCCAUAGAUUGCCAUGCGUGGCAUGUAUUAGUAGUGUAGCACCAUUAGCAUCACAGCCAACCGAAAAAGGGGGCCUUUGGCAUUUUGGCAUAGAGACAAGAUCAUAAAAACGAACUUUUGAUAUUUACCAUCAGGACUU